AUGCCGUACUUCCGCCUCUCGAAGACGGCGGCGGCGAAUGAGAAACUCCUCAACGCCACCGACUUCCACGACAAGAAUCUGUACCUCAAGUCCCCCGCCAUCGCCUGGAACGAGGCGCGACUCGUCGGCGAAGGUGACCCGCCGGAGUGGGGCAUGGAAUACCUCUGCGCACCUCAGCUCCUCCCCGCCCUCCCUGCAGUGCCUGUCCACGUCGACUCGGAGCGCGGUGCCAAUGACACCAGAAGAGCUCGAAAAGCACCACAUCCGAUUGCGACGAGGAAGAACCUUUGGAGUCUCCGCAGGUUGGGCUUCCUCACGAUUGA